AAUCAAAGGUUCAGAACGAUAUAUGUAUGUUAAUAAUGACGAGACGAAACUAUCCCAUUGCUAUUAACAGACCAGCUUAGAAAUGUUAUGGUGAUUAUUUCAGCGAGUAUUCUUUUCCGAAGUGUUUGGGAACACAACUCUUCAAUUGAUUUAUUUGUCCGAUUCAUACACCGCAUAGUACUCCAUGCGGAUUACUUAAUCACUUGACAAUGAAUCGUAUCAUCACAAAACAUGCAGAUAAAGAAGAGGGUAAGCGUAAGAAAGAAAAACAAGAUAGAGGAAGGCAACGUACCGAAGAUAAGGAAGAAAAGGAUGAUGAUAUUAAAAAAGACGAUGAUCAGAAGCGAGAAGAGGAUGAAGAUGAGGACGAUGAGGAACGUGAUGAAACUGAAGAAGAAGAACGAGGCAGAAAUGCAGAUUCCGAAGAAUUGCCAAGUAGACGGGACGGUAGAAAGUUCAUAAAAUUGAAAUACCGGCAUUGCGCCCAUCACAGUUCAAAGAAUAUUCGCUCCAUCUAUUCUCUGUACAUCAUAGU